AUGAUGGCCACAGUAGUGCCCCGCCUAAAGAAACGGCGUCUUUCCUCUGGAAAUCCGAUGUGUGAGACGCAAAUACCGAACGAUGUGCUUCUUAGCGCACAAAACGCGGCAGCACCCGCGUUCGCCAGCGACGUCGCUGCAGCGCAGCAUGCGCCUGCGCCGGCCCGCCAACCCCACUUCGCAUUUGCCUCCGACCCACAAACUGUAGCAAGCGUGCGCGAGAUGAUCGAUGGAGAGGAACGCGAUGUUUACGUGAUCAGCGACGAUGACGAUAAGCCACCAGCCUCUCCCCUGCAGCGCCCAGCGACACAGCUGCAUCCCCCAUCCGCCACUUGUGGCAAGCGCAAGCCACACGCAGCGUGGGACGAGGCCGAUCAUGGCCAGGACGCGAAGCGGCGUCGCCACGAUCCGACCUCGGUGGCGCUCGAUCAGCUCGCAGCGUCCUUGCAGAUGGAUAACAAUUGCGCAGGGUUCGGUACAGAUAUGUACGCCCAGGGUGUAAUCCAGCCGGUAUAUCCCGCCGGUGCUUCGACAGCAUAUACGGACGUGUUUGCUCCGAAUCCGUACAAUUUCGUGCCUGCCGCGCCAGCUUUUACACCGCUUGCACCACCGCCCAGCGAGAAACAUACAAGGCAUGCGCCGCGCGCGCCCAACAUUUAUGACGCGCGCAGCGAUGCAUGGCCGACGUCUUCUGGAACGCAGCCACUGGAUGACAAGGACGGUCAUUUCAUCGUGCGCGAAGGCGAUACCAUCACGUCCCGCUACGUGAUCCGAGGCCUGCUUGGUCAAGGUACGUUUGGGAAGGUAGUCAACUGCUACGACCGAAAAUUGCAGCGGUGUGUUGCCAUCAAGGUAAUCCGUGCGGUGCAAAAGUACCGCGACGCGAGCCAAAUUGAGAUCCGCGUGCUCCGCUGUUUGCGGGAUCAUGAUCCGUCGAACCGGUACCAAUGUGUGCAGCUGAUGGAGACCUUUGACUACCGCAACCACGUAUGCAUUGUGUCGGAGCUGCUGGACCGCAGCGUGUUUGAUUUUCUCAAGGAUAACCAGUUCCAACCAUUCUUGUGCCGUAAUAUAUGGCACUUUGCACAACAGCUCUUGCACAGCAUUGCCUUUCUGCACAAGCUUUCGCUGAUUCAUACAGAUUUGAAACCAGAGAAUGUGCUGCUUGUCGAUGCUUCCUUCGAUAUGGCUCCGACUUCGCGCCGAAGCAAUGCGCGGAAAAAGCGCGUGCUCCGCAACGACGAUAUUCGGCUGAUUGACUUUGGCAGCGCAACGUUUAACGACGAGUACCAUUCAGGGGUUGUGUCUACAAGGCACUAUCGUGCGCCGGAAAUCAUUCUCGGAAUGGGCUGGUCGUUCCCUUGCGAUGCCUGGUCGCUGGGCUGCAUUCUCAUCGAGUUUUACACUGGCGACGCCCUCUUCCAGACACACGACAACUUGGAGCAUCUGGCGAUGAUGGAAAUGGUGCUUGGCCGCUUGCCAGACGACUAUCGACGCAAAGCGGAGACAUACAAACCCGAAUAUUUCCGCAACGGCCAGCUCGAUUAUCCCAAGGCGGAGACGAGCAAGCAAAGUCGCCGCUAUGUACAAAAUAUGAAGCGGCUGGAGGAUAUCGUGUCGGGCUCAUCGUCGUAUGCAAAGCACAACGCGCGCUUUUUGUCGCUACUGCACAGGCUGCUCGAAUUCGACCCUGCGAAACGGAUCACGAUGGAGGAGGCGCUCAAGCAUCCCUACUUUGAUCUGAGGCCGAACGAGAUUCCACAAUGA